AUGUGUGACAUAGAAAAUAUUGAUAACAAUAAAAAUGAUGAUUUUAAUUUAAGGGAUAUACAAAAUGAUAAUUGUAGUGAAGAACAUAUUUAUAAUUAUAAUGGAAGUAUCAAAGAUGAGAUAAUAAAUAUACAUGAAAAUUGCCAUUCUUAUGUAAAUGUGUUAUAUUUUAAAAAAUUAAAAUUAAAUAAAAGAAUAUUUGGAAAAUUAAAAGAUAAAAAUAUAGUUAUAUACUUAAAAUAUAAAGAUAGCAAAUGUACAAGUAAAAAUAUACAAGUAACAGACCCUGAAAUAACCAACUUAUAUUUAUGUUUUUUAAUUACUGAACCGUUUAUAAAAGAUGAAAAAAAUAUAAUAAAAAUAUAUAUAAAAUAUCUUAAAGAUGAUAAAUAUAAAAUAUUAUCAUUCGGAUUUUUGGAGUUAAAUUUAAUAGAUUUUAGUGAAAAAUUUUAUAAAAAAAAAAGUUAUAUGUUAUGUUAUGAUAAAAAUAAUAAUAAAUAUAUUUUUGGAUAUUUUAUAUUAAUUUUGGCAAAUCAAAUUAAAUGGACUGUAUAUAAUAAUAAUGUCUCAUAUCAAAUUACGAAAAAUUCAUAUUUUAUAAAUAACCAAAUAAAUUAUGAUGAACAACUUCUUUAUAUAUGUAAAAAAAUUGAACAAAUUUUAUUAAAAUCUGUUUUCACAAAUAAAUCGAAUAGUAUACAAAAUACCCAAAAUAAAGAUUUGUUAAAACAUUUUACUGUAACACACAGUUGUCCAGCAACCUUUAGGAUAACACCAAAAGAGAAGACGACCUUAAAUGGUAAUGCACCACCAAAAGAGAAGGCGACCACCUUAAAUGAUAAUGCACCACCAAAAGAGAAGACAACCACCUUAAAUUGUCAUAGUAUACCCACACAGAUUGUAGAUAAAAAAGAUGUAGAUCAAAAGGAUGUUAAACAAAUAAGUUAUCAAAGUGCUGGCAUAGAUAAUGCUGAUGAAAAAUGUGAAAGCACCAAUAUCAAAACGAAUGAUAGUAAUUUUGGUAAUCAUAUAAAACAAAUUGGCCAAGACGAAAACGUAGACGAAAAUGUAGAAGGAAGUAUAGACGAAAAUUUAGACGAAAAUGUAGAAGGAAGUAUAGACGAAAAUUUAGACGAAAAUGUAGAAGGAAGUAUAGACGAAAAUUUAGACGAAAAUGUAGAAGGAAGUAUAGACGAAAAUUUAGACAAAAAUGUAGAAAGAAGGAUGGACGAAAAUGUAGAAGGAAGGAUGGACGAAAAUGUAGAAGGAAGGAUGGACGAGCAUGUGGACGAAAAUUCCUCUUUAAAUGAGGCAACAUAUUCUAAAAAAUUUAUUUUAAAUAAAAAUAUUAAAAAACAUAAGUCGCUCCAAAACUUGAAUAAUCAUAAUCCUCGCCUAAAAAUACCAUCAAAUUAUUUAAAUUCAAAAAAAACAAAUCUGGAUGACAACUCAAUUUGUAAUUAUCAUAGUGAUGGCGCAAUUAAAAAAGCAUUUUCAGAAAACUUCUUAAGUAGAAUAAUUUUAGAUGAAGAUCAAAAUAUAGAAAAGUUAAAUUUGUUAAAAAAAAAUACAACAAUAAAACCGAAACCCAAAUUGAAUUUAAAACCUUUGGAUAAUAAAAUAAAUAAUUUUAUAAUUAAAAGUAAAAAUAAUAUAUCAACAAAUAAAACCAAAUUUUUUUUGGAAAAACAUCAUAAAAUGUAUUGUGCUCAAAAUAAUAAAAUACCUAUAAAACAAAAUAAUUCCCCUAUAAACAUCACACAAAAAGAAGAAACAAAAGAGGAUUAUCAUAUUUCUUGUAUACACAAUAUAUUUGAUGGGGAUGGAGAUGGAGAUAAAGAUGGGGAUGGAAAUGGAGAUGGAGAUAAAGAUGGGGAUGGAAAUGGAGAUGGAGAUAAAGAUGGGGAUGGAAAUGGAGAUGGAGAUAAAGAUGGGGAUGGAAAUGGAGAUGGAAAUGGAGAUGGGGAUGAAGAUUUAAGCAAUAAUAUUAACAAUGUAUCUACUUGUUUAGAAAACAAAAUAACUGAUUCUAUCACACAAUCAUUAAAUGGAUCAAAAAAUACUACUGAUGUGUUGACAGAGGUUCAGAAAGAAAUAGAUGAAUCACAUAUGUUACAUGAUAAGAAUGAAUCUAAUGAUAUUUGUAAUUAUAACGAUCCAGAUGUUAAUAAUGAUAAAAGGGACGAAAUAGACUCAAUUUAUGAGGAUGAAAAUUUAUUUGACAUAUUUAUAUUAAAAAAACUAGAAAAUAUAUUAAAUAAUAAUUUAGACAAUUUUAUAGAACAAGCUGAAUUUAUUUUACAUCAUAUGAAAAAAAAAAUUCUAAAAAAAAAUGAAUUUUUUGCAGAACAAAUAAAAAAUCAAUAUAGCACAAAUACGGUUCUAAUAAAAAAAGAUAUUUUCGAUAAAAAAAAUGAAAACAGUGAAUGUUGUAUAUUAUCCAAACAAGAUGAUCAUACAGAAAAAAAUAAUAUAAAUUAUAAUGUAAAAAAUGAUAUCCUUAAAAUUUUAGAGAAUUGUAUUCAUACUACAUUAUUAUAUAUACAAUUUGUGUUAAGUGACAAAAAUGUUGAUACAACUCAAAAAGAUGUAUUUAUAACAUAUAAAGAAAUAAUAAAUAAUAUAAAAAAUGCAAUAGAUGAUUGUAAAAAACAAAAAGAAACUAUUUCAUUAAAUUAUACAAAUAAUAUCAACUUUGAUAGUUUAUCUAAAGAUCGAAAAAAUAUAUUAUUAACCACUACCAAAUCAGAAAACGAAAAUGUUAUCGAAAAAAUAAAUCCCUAUUCAUAUGUUAAUGAUGAUUCAUGUUUAACCAUGAGUAGCUGUUCCGAUUCCUCACAAACUGAAGAAAUAAUGAUAUUUAAACCAGUUAAUUAUAUUAAUAAAAAUAUAUCUACUUCUAUUCAAUAUUAUCAAAAAAAAUGGAAACAUAAAUUAUCUAAGGUGGGAAUGUAUGUAUAA